AUGAUCCAGCAUAGACCCUACACUCAAAAAGUGGACGUGUAUAGUUUCGGAAUCGUGCUGUGGGAGUUGAUAACGGGUUUGUUACCGUUUCAGAACAUGACGGCGGUUCAAGCUGCAUUUGCAGUGGUUAACCGAGGGGUUCGUCCAACAGUACCAGCGGAUUGUCUCCCUGUGCUUGGCGAGAUAAUGACACGUUGCUGGGAUGCGGACCCUGAAGUCCGUCCUUGUUUUGCAGAGAUUGUCAAUCUUCUCGAGGCGGCGGAAACUGAGAUUAUGACGACCGUGAGAAAAGCGCGUUUCAGAUGUUGCAUGACGCAACCAAUGACAAUCGAUUAA